AUGCCUAUGGAGGAGGAGGAGACAAACUUGGGUGCCGGUGGUCCUACCCCGGCAAUGAAUGUUGGCAGGGAGGGCGUCCCUUCUUCCCAGCCCGGUGCUGGCGCCUCCUCGGCGAACCAGGAGAACAUUGAUACUGUCAUCGAGGAGGUCACCAAGGACGCCAAGGCCGAGGCAGACAAGAUCACUACCGAGGAGGCCGCCAAGACUGCCGCCGAAGAGGCCGGCAGGGCCGUUGCUGAGGAGGCCGAGUCCAGGAUGGCGCCGGUGGACAAGGCGGAGGCGGAUCUCGCGGGGCACGUCGCCGAGACGCAGGCCUGGUUCCGCCAGGCCCACGAGGAACUGAAGGUUGCCCAGGAUCUGCUGGCCGAGUGCAAACAGGAGCUUAUCCUACUGCAGGCCGAUGUCGAGAAAACCCAGGAGGCGGCAAAGGAAUAG